UCUUUUAGUUAGUUUAAUUGCGGCUAACGCAGUGUUAGGAGUCACAAAAAUGGGACACACGCAGGACAGGAUUAAGGACUGGAUCACCGCUGAGCGCGUGGCUAUAUUCUUUGGUCUAUUGUCAACCUGCUUGAUCGUGGCCCUUGUAAUUGUGGUCGUCCACAGGGAUAAUUUAUGGCUGCAGUUGGACGAAGCCAAAAGGAUGUUGGAUGUCCUGGAGGAAUACAUUCAAAGCCACUUGCUGUCUACCAUUUCGUAUAGAAAUUCAUGAGAAUUAGGGACGUUCAAAAAGAAUGUUUUCAAAUAUACAUAUAUUUCCAAAAAUGU